CUCAGGCAAAAUCCGUCCCCCCGCCCCGCUCUGCUAGUCGCUGCCCGGCCACCUACGCCGUCGCACGCGCUCAGCUCAACCAUAUACACGCCAGCGUUUCUGCCUGCACACUUCCACGAAAAUCACGGUCAACUUCUCACGCCGACCCACUACCACCUCUUUUAAGUGGAACCCGCAUCUUACAAACUCUCAAACGCAAGAUAAUAUUCAAACGUGCCGGUGAUGCGCCAACGAUUUUAAAAAAUAAUGACCGCCAAAACAAAACGCAGCACCGAACCGCGAAGAGCCAACAAACCUUUGAUGGAAAAACGACGCCGCGCGCGUAUCAAUCAAAGUUUGGCCGCGUUAAAGACGCUCAUACUCGACUCCGCGAAGGCCGAAAAUACGAAACAUUCCAAAUUAGAAAAGGCGGAUAUUUUGGAGCUGACCGUGCGACAUUUUCAACGCCACCGAAGCUUGGAUACGCAGGGUGUUCAACAGUAUAAGGCCGGUUACGCGGAUUGCGUUCGCGAAGUGCAGCGAUACCUAGAAACCCCCGACGCACAGACAAUGACAGUUUUAGAUUCGGGAGUGCGACAAAGACUUCUUCAGCAUUUGGACAGUUGCGUAUCGGAAGUGGACGUCGAUUUAAAACCUAACCACGAGGAACGCGUCCAAGUGCCAGCGGACUCCUCCAGCAGCCCCGAAGAAAUCAACAACAACACCAACAACCAAAACUCCAGUAAGCAAAUUGACCACCAACCCCUUCCAAACAAAGUCGUGAAGAUGAACGACGGCAGCUUCGUUUUCGUUCUACCAUCGCACUAUCUACAAAUAGCGUCGGCCCUCGGCAUUAACUUGCGGUCUAAUCAGGCGGCGGAUCUAUCCAACGCCGAGGAACAAAGGCAGAACGACGAUCCGGAGAAACGAGAAAUCGAAAAACCCUUAGAUUUCAGCAAAAACAAUGAGCUGCGUGAUACUAUGUGGAGGCCGUGGUAGAAAUGUAGAAAAAAUGUUCCUUUAGCCCUAAAAUAUGAUAUACUCAUUAUGUACUUAAAAUUUUGUAAAUAUGUAGAUAUCUUUUAAAUAUAAAACCCAAUGACGUCAA